AUGUUACCAAAGCAAGGUGCGGGGGCGGUGGGACCGGUCGACGGUCGCACGCCCGACCCGCCGACCUUACGUUGGAGGCCUACUAUCAAAGUGGAGGGGCACGGGGAGACCAGCAGCAACUGCAUCGGUAACAUGGCGGAAGUGUCAGUGCCACAGAGUCCCCGGCAUCUUCAUAAACGACGACGACUGUCCCAACUGCUAGACAAACUUGCGGUACAGCUGCGAAACAACAACAAUUAUCCAUCACCGCGCUGGCUCAUGGUCGACUCUCCAUAUUACGAGCCUAGCAAGGCGCCCGAAGAAGAGUUGCCGUUAGACCUUUCAGUCAAAUCGGAACCGACUCAGGCACCCCAGGAGACAGAGCAGCCGGCAUACGCGUGUGCAACGUGCGGCCAGACUUUUACUGUACACGAUCGCCUCGCCAAACAUGUAGCAUCGCGACAUAGAAAUCGAACUCCAGAAGCUGCCCGAGCAUACGAAUGUGAAAUAUGUCGCCGACGAUUCGCCCGUUCUGAUAUGCUUACCCGACACGCUCGUCUACACAGCGGUGUUAAACCAUAUUCAUGUUCAUCUUGCGGUCAAGUGUUCUCGCGCUCUGACCAUUUGGCGACCCAUCAGAGGACCCAUACCGGAGAGAAGCCUUAUCGUUGUCCGUCUUGUCCAUAUGCCGCUUGCCGCCGAGAUAUGAUCACUAGGCAUAUGAGAACACACACGCGACGCCCACAGCCAGCUUAAAAUCGAAAGAGAAUAUCCUAAAAAGCAGAAUACUAAGGCAGUAAAAGCUCAAUAGUGCAUUUUAUUUAUGAGUAAGGUUAGUUUUAUUUUAAUUUUUUUCAUAUAUAUAAAGACUGAAAUAAUGUGUAUUCUCUUAAUUAAUACAUCAAGUUGAAAAUACUAUUGUAAAUAUGCACACUUGUUGUUUGUUAUCGUAGCGCAAAGCUGAUUUUCCACGAAGUGGCUUUUAUAAACCUCUUGAUGCCAGGUAAGAGGACAUAUCACAUUGCACAGCUCUUUGCUAACAAGCGAAUACAUUUA